AUGCCUCUGGGCAUAUACUGGGUGAUCGCCUUUGGGGACAUUGUCUGCGCAUAUAUGACUAAAGUUUGCACUUUAAACUCCCAGGUAGACAUCUUUGCUCCCAUUGCUACCGAGAUUAUCGAGAAUAUCUUUCUAGCUGGAGUAGAAACUGGAGCAUCAGUCUUGGAAUGGACUAUGGCAGAACUUAUUAAAAAUCCUAGAGUGAUGAAGAAAGCACAAGAAGAAGUAAGAAAUUGCAUUCGGUGUGAAAGAAGAGUAUCUGAAAAUAAAAUUGAAAAGCUUGAAUAUUUAAAAAUGGUCCUUAAAGAAGCCUUGAGAUUACACCCAUCAUGCUCACUGCUAGGUCCAAGAGAAACUAUAUCUCACUUCCCUAUCAAUGGCUAUGAUAUUUAUCCCAAAACUCGAAUUCAAGUCAAUGUAUGGGCGACAGGAAGAGAUCCAAGCAUAUGGAAAGAUCCUGAAAACUUUUAUCCUGAGAGAUUUAUAGAUGGUCCUAUUAAUUACAAAGGGAUGAAUUAUGAAUUAUUACCCUUUGGCAGUGGAAGGAGGGGCUAUUCUGCCAUCACUACGGGAAUGGCUAUUGUGGAAUUAGCACUUGCGAAUCUUUUAUUCUGUUUUGAUUGGGAUUUGCCUUGUAAUAUGAAGGUGGAAGAUAUCAACAUGGAAGAAGCAGGCGGUAUUUCUAUUCAUAAGAAAGAACCUUUGUUGCUUGUGCCAACUGCAUACGAACCCGUGUUAAGAAAUUAA